UUGAAGAAAUCUAUUGAACUUGGUGCCGAGUUGAUGCGUCUAUUAAACGAACAAAAAAUGUUUCGGCCAAUAACUGCUGCUGAUAUUGAAAAAUGCCGAAGCGAGAUGGAGCUAAAAUUUGUCGCGACGAUACAAUACUUCAUUUAUAGGCGUAAAAGGAGAAACUUUAGUAAAGACGCUACCCGAAUAUUAUCAGAAUUUUUUUAUUCACACAUUGACCAUCCUUAUCCAAGCGAAGAUGCCAAACUUGAUUUGGCAAGGAGAUGUAACAUCACUGUAAAUCAGGUUUCAAACUGGUUUGGUAAUAAGCGCAUAAGAACCAAAAAAACACAAGUUCGUCAAACAGAUAACAUUGGUCAGCAAUCGCAGCAGUCAACAGACCUUGUCACCGGCUUAGGCAACGUUACUGCAGCCUAUCAACAAAAUCUUCUUGAAACACCACAGGUAAAUGUAAAUUUGAUUAGAAUUUUUUUUCAAACUUUUAUAGACGUAUCCUUAAUCUAUUUUAAACUAGCCACGUUUUUACUUGAGAACAUAAUUCGUAUAAGAGUGGUUAUUAGGAAAUGA